AUGGCUGAGUCCGAGAAGCGUGACCUCGAGAAGCGCGAGCUCGAGGACGUCGGCGUUGAUCCGAUCCGCGACUCGGAGAGCAAUGCCAAGCCCAUGACGCUUCAAGACAGUGAAGAGGACUUUGGCUUCACGCCUGAGGAGCAGCGCAAGAUUCUGUGGAAGGUCGACAGACGCUUGGUCGUCACCGUUGGAGCCAUGUAUUGUGUCUCGCUCAUGGAUCGCACCAAUCUUUCAGCCGCGAAUAUCGCAGGUAUGGGUGUUGAGCUGAAGCUAAUCAACAACCGCUACAAUAUCGCCAAUCUCGUCUUUUUCACCACAUACAUCGUUUUCCAACCUCCUUCUACCAUCCUCAUCCGCAAAAUCGGACCUCGUCUACACCUCGCCUUCAUCACCCUGCUCUGGGGCGCCGUCAUGAUCGGCAUGGGCUUCGUCAAGAACUUCCCGCAAUUAGCAGCGAUGAGAACAGUCUUAGGCGUCCUCGAGGCCGGUUUCUUCCCCUCUUGUGUCUACCUUCUCUCUACUUGGUACACCCGCUACGAGGUUGGCAAGCGAUAUUCCAUGUUUUAUCUCCUUGGCUGCGUUGCCUCAGCCUUUGCCGGCAUUCUCGCCUACGGCCUUAUGCAACUUAAUGGUCGCGAGGGCCUCACCGGUUGGCGCUGGAUCUUCAUCAUCGAAGGCACCCUCACCUGCGCCCUGGGCAUCGCCGGCUACUGGCUCCUCGUCGACUUCCCCGACUCAAAGCGUCUAACGUGGAAUUUCCUUGGCCAGCGUGAGCUCGACUGGAUCGUCCAUCGCAUUCAGCGUGAUCGAGGCGACUCAAAGGUCCCAAAGUUCAAUCUGCGAAAGUUCCUUGGUGCUGGAACUGAUUGGAAGAUUUGGGCAUAUGCUCUAAUCUUUGGGCUUUCGACUACGAUAACCUAUUCAUUGGCCUUCACCCUCCCUUUGAUCUUGAGACAAAGCCUCCAUUUCUCCAUCGGAGCGUCCCAGUGUCUCGUCGCUCCCCCGUAUGUAUUGGCAGGUAUCGUCAUGUUCUCAGGUGCCUGGGUGGGUGACAAGCUGCGAGUCCGUGGCCCCAUUGUCAUCUUCAACAUGGUACUCUGCCUCAUCGGACUACCCAUCAUGGGCUGGGCUCCGAGUCCUGGCGUUCGCUAUUUCGGCGUCUUCCUUGUCACAGCCGGUGCCAAUGCCAAUAUUCCGGCUGCCAUGUCACUGCAGGCGAAUAACGUUCGUGGACAAUGGAAACGUGCCUUUUGCAGUGCGACCCUCGUUGGGUUCGGCGGUCUAGGAGGCAUUGCCGGCAGUUUAGUUUUUAGAGAGCAAGACGCCGCUACUGGAUAUAAGCCAGGUCUAUAUGCCUCUAUUGCUUGUGCUUUAUUGAACAUCAUACUUGUUCUCCUCCUCGAUCUUGGAUUUUGGAGAGCAAACAGCAAAGCAGACAAGGAAGGUCUUCUACUUGAAGCUCACGAUGAGGAUGCUACGCCUGGUUUCAGAUACACGUAUUGA